ACUAACUUUGGGAUCCUGGGACACGAGCUACGCCAACACAAGAGCCCCUCAGACCUACCCUUGAUAGCCCAGGCCCUGGCACCAGCCCUCAAUGAGGUCCGGAAGCCCAUAGCACUGGGCCCUUUCAGCUGGGCAAAAUAGCUCACAGCGAUGAUCCCUUCAAUCCGACAGACAGCAGAGGAGACAAAAUCAGUAGCUUUCAGAAUUCCUAGUCCACAGGCAAAAAAAGGCUGGGAAAAUGAGCAAACAGCAAAGAAAUACCUCACCCUAGAACAUUUCUAUGAUGACAAAGAGCAAAUAACAGAACCAACUGGGGACGGUCAGAUCCAAGCAACCACAUGCAAAACUUCAAACAAAACAAAACAAAAACGGGAAUUGGUCUCAAGCUCUGGAAGAACACAAAAAGGAAUUAAAAAAUCAAAUAAGACAGGUGGAAGAAAAAUGGGGGAAAGAAAUGAAAGUGAUGCAAAAAGAAGACAGCUUAAAAAGCAAAAUUAGUCAAGUAGAAAAAGAGGUACUAAAAACCAAUGAAGAAAAGAGCGCCAUGAAAAAUAGAAUGGAAAAGGAGGGUGCAAAGGUCAUGGAAGAAAUUCAGUCAUUAAAAAUUAGAAUUGGGAAAAUAGAAGCUAAUGACUUCACAAGACAUCAAGAAACAAUAAAAACAAUCGGACAAAUGGAAGAAAAUAUGAAAUAUCUCAUUGAAAAAACAAUGGAAUUGGAAAAUAGAUCCAGGUGAGACAAUUUAAGGAAUACCAGAUUACCUAAAAGUCAUGACUUGUACCCAUUGGCCAUCCCAAGAAUCUAUACUCACUGAGCAACCCAAGGAGCUCUAUCCACUGACCUUCCCAAGUACCUGUACCCACUGACCAUUCCAAGGAGAUGUGCCCACUGGCGGUCCCAAGCUAGAACUGAUUCUUUUUGUCCAUUGAGAGUUGUUUCCUAAGCACAGCGUUUUUAACACUAAGGAUCUUGGUCAGUGAAUGUUUUGUGGGAAAAUAGAGUCUCCAUAUUUCACUGGAGUAGUCCAGCUUUAAAGUCCAGCUCACACUCCAUCUCCUCAGACUAGUUGGGAGAGAAGGUCCACGUUGACAUGCCGGCCUUUAAUUCCAGUGCUCUCCUCAGGGUCUUCAGAGCUCUUGGCUCUGAACACCAGGGAGUGGGACCAGCAGAAAUAGGAGUGGGGGGGGGGCUUCCUCCUACAGACACUCAGCAGAACAGAAUGCUGUAAACGACAGCCUUUUGGACCAGACUUGGGAUAUUAUUGUUGGAAGGACCUCCUGACAACAAAACUCCGUCCCUCAGUGCAGAUUGCUAUUCACUCUGGAAUGUAUACAUUUGGAGAACUGCUAGGACACAGAGAGGUCAAGUGACUUGUCCAGGGUCACACAUCCAAUAGGUGCCAGAGGCAGCCUUGAGCCUGGGUCCUCCUUACUCUGAUGGAAGCUCCUUGAUAACAAGCAGGCAUUAUCUCACUUUGGUAUGUGUGUCCCCAGGACUGUACAAAGCAAGCAAUGAAUGCUUUUUCUUAUUAGGUGACAGUCAGGUGGCCCAGAAGGUAAGAAUGUUAGACUUGGAGCCAGGAAGACUGCGGUUCGAAUCUAACCUUAGACACUAGCUGUGUGGCUCUGGGCAAGUCACCUCCCCCUGUAUGCCUCAGUUUCCCCAUCUGUCGAAUGAGACCGAGAAGGAAAUGACCACCACAGUAGUUUCUUUGCCAGCAAACCCCAAAUGGGUUCAUGGCGACUCGGACAAGACUGAAUAAUAAUAACAUCCUUUAGAGCUCAGCUCAGACUGCAGACCAGCUUUCCUGACGCCUCCUCCGCCCCAGCUGAGAACAAGCUCUCCUCUCCCAUCAUGCACACUGCUGGGGACCCCCGGAGCCCCCAAGGGCUGUCCUACCUGGCCCUGCCCCGUUUGUUGAAGAGUGGAAGGAGACAGAAGUGCCUGGAGAAGGGGCAGAUUGGCCUCCAGGAUGACGGUGACCUGAAGUUCCUGCUGAAGGGCUCUCAGCUCCAGAAGGUGAAGUCGAGCUCGUGGCGGAAGGACAGAUUCUACAAGCUGCAGGAGGACUGCAAGACCAUCUGGCAGGAGUCCAAGAAGAUGAUGCGCUCCCCGGAGUCCCAGCUCUUUUCCGUGGAGGACAUCCAGGAGGUGAGGAGGGGCCACCAGACGGAGGGCAUGGAGAAGUUCGCCCGGGAUGCGCCGGAGCACCGCUGCUUCUCCAUCAUCUUCAAGGACCAGCGGAGCAACCUGGACCUCAUUGCGGAGUCCGAGGCCGAGGCCCAGCACUGGGUGGAGGGGCUGCGCAAGAUUAUCGUGCACACGGGCUCCAUGAGCCAGAAGCAGAAGCUCCAGCACUGGAUCCACUCGUGCCUUCGCAAGGCUGACAAGAACAAGGACAACAAGAUGAGCUUCAAGGAGCUGAAAAGCUUCCUGAAGGAGGUGAACAUCCAGAUGGAUGACAGCUACGCCCGCAAGAUCUUCCAGGAAUGCGACAAGUCGCGCACCGAGUCCCUGGAGGACGACGAGAUCGAGGCCUUCUACCGCAUGCUCACGCAGCGGGAGGAGAUCGACGGGCUCUUCGCCGCAUUGUCGGGCUCUCGGGAGACGCUGAGCGCGGAGCAGCUGGCCGCCUUCCUGCGGCAGGAGCAGAGGGAGGAGGAGGCCGGCCCCCAGCUGGCGCUGUCCCUCAUCCAGAGAUACGAGCCCAGCGAGGCCGCCAAGGCGCAGCAGCGGAUGACCAAGGACGGCUUCCUCAUGUACCUGCUGUCGGCCGACGGGAGCGCCUUCAGCCUGGCCCACCGGCGGGUGUACCAGGACAUGAGCCGCCCCCUGAACCACUACCUCAUCUCGUCGUCCCACAACACCUACCUGAUGGAGGACCAGCUGACGGGGCCCAGCAGCACCGAGGCCUACAUCCGGUAGGGCGGCGGGGAGGGGGGCCCCGAGUCCCGCGCA